GAGACACAUCGUUAUCACUCAUAAUACAUGGUCUUCCGAAAACUGUAAAAACGAAAGUUAUCAAGGAUUGGUUCAGUCCUGUUAAGUUGAAAGGAGUAAAAAUUGUACGUGGCUCAAGCGAAGCUAUUGCAUUCGUAACAUUUUUUCAAAAAUCUGAUGUGAUAAAAGCGCUGAAACGGAAUGAGGAAUUUUUGGGCGGUUCCAAGCUGCAAAUAACAAAAGUGUCGAGUGAUCGACUUUCUGAUAGAAAUGUGGAAGAUUAUAUCCACAAGACGAGGGAAGCAGAAGUUGAAGCGUUUGUGGCAAAGAUCCUUGAAACUGGAAGACUCUUUGUUCGAAACCUGCCCUAUGUGUGCAGUGAUGAAGACUUACGUUGCCUCUUUAAAAAGUAUGGUGAGAUAUCUGAUUUGCAAGUGAUUGUUAGCAAAAAAACGGGACAGUGUAAAGGAUUUGCUAUUAUCACAUAUGUUUUUCCAGAAUCUGCUGUUGCAGCAUACUCGGCGUUGGAUGGUUCCAUUUUAAAGGGAAGAAUGCUUCAUAUUUUACCUGGGGAAGAGAAGCACGAGGUUGAAGAAACUGACAUCACUGGUAAAUCGGCGUUUCAGAAAGCAAGACUUGCAAAACUAAAGAAGGAUGCUGGAAAAUCUCAUUCGUGGAAUACAUUAUUCCUUGGAGCUAACGCAGUAGCUGAAACGUUGGCUGAAAAAUUGGAUGUUGAAAAAAGCGACUUGCUGCUUGGACAGGGAGAAAUAAGUGCUGGUGUGCGCCUGGCACUUGCGGAAACACGAUUGGUCACUGAAACUAGGGAAUAUCUAUUGGCCAACGGCAUAUGUCUAGAUGUUUUCUCACGGCCUGCAGCAAAAAGAAGCAAUACUGUUAUUAUCAUCAAAAAUUUGCCAGCCAAGGUUGAUACUGAUGAAUUAAAGCGAAUGUUCGCAAAACAUGGCUCCAUAAAACAAAUAUUAAUGCCUCCAGGGGGUGUCACUGCUGUCUUAGAGAUGGAAAAUUCAGUUGAUGCUCAGAAAGCAUUUAGCACGCUUGCAUACGCUCGAUUUCGUUCGAAACCGUUGUUCCUCGAAUGGGCACCGUACGAUUUGUUCAAAUCAAAAAAAUCUGAAAAAAAUGACGAAGAUGAAGAUCAAAAACAACACAAUUUUGAAAUUGGAAUUGAAAAGAAGAAUAAUGAAUGCUCAGCGGAAGACAAGAAGAAACUGAGACGAAGCAAAAAGCACCGUUUGAUUGAACAACCUAUGGAAAUUGCAGAAUCACAAGAAAAAGGCAAGAAAACCUUAGUAAAGAAUACAGUGACGUGCUCAAGAAUGGAACAAGCCGAAGCAGAAAAGCGCAUAGCUGAAAUUAGAAAUGAGAACAACAAUGACGACACUAAAGAAGAAGAUGAUGCAUUAUUGCCAGGAACAACAUUAUUUGUAAAGAAUUUGAGCUUCAAAACAACUGAUGAAGGACUGAAGAAUAAAUUUGAAUCACGAUUUCGCAUACGAUCUGCUACCGUUUCCAAAAAACGAGAUGCUGCAGAUCCUAUGAAAGCGCUUUCAAUGGGCUUUGGUUUCGUUACAUUUUAUCACCCAGAAGAUGCGCAGCAGGCUAUAAAAGAUAUGCAGGGUGUUUUAUUGGAUGGCCAUUGCUUGAUGUUAAAAUUAUCCCACAGAGAAGUUAUACCAGAUAAGAUUAUAGCAAGGAAAGGAGUUGAUGAGUUGGAGCAGGGCGAAGCUACCAAGGUUGGUGCAUCAGCAGAAGGUCAUCGCGGGUUUGGCUUUGUUGAUUUUUUAACUCGCGCCGAUGCACGACGUGCAUUUAGUGGUUUAGUUCAUUCAACUCAUUUCUACGGCCGAAGAUUAGUUCUAGAAUGGGCUAAGCCCGAUGAUAACCUGGAGGAACUUCGGGAGAAAGCUGUUGCUAAUUUAAGAGGUAAUAAAGAAGAAAUUCGAUUACAAAAGAAAAUGAUGAAAAAAAUUGAACAAGAUUUAACGGUGAUUGAUGAUGACUGA